UGCUAUUUUAGGCUAGGCAGUUUGUGAAAGGCUUCACUCUCUCUCUUUUACAAGUGUAUAGCUUUCUCGGCCACAGUCACCAGGCGUGCUGGCCAGAAAGAAACUUUGCUGUAAUGUCAUAUAGUUGGUCAAGCAGUUGACUGUGUCCUUCUUCAGGUCUCAGAUCAGUCAAGGUUUAAAGCUAUGAGGUCAUUAAAAGUUUUGUCCUCCAUGACCCACUAGGACAAGGACAGCACAUACAGGACAGGAGCGCAAGGCUUUUGUUUAUGCUGGAGCCAGAUAGGAUAGGUGAAAUGUCAAGGACUUCUUCACAAACGACUCUGCAGACCUACAGGGUCAACGACAAAGACCUCACUGAGAUUGAACUCCAUUCUGUGGACUCCAUCAAUGACCUUCAUCGGACUCAUCCGGAACACAACCACAAAGGAACGAAGCCGCCCCGUCCCGCUUACACGCCUUCCGUGAAUGGGACGCUGCAAGCACACCACAUGAGAUGUGUCAGCGCAGGACCAGGAUGGCAGGACUCGUUGACUCCAAGCUCGUGGCGAGCCUACGCUAUAGCUUGUGUUGUCAUCACACUGCUUCUGCUCAUACUUGCACUCAUUUUCUACUUCCUGGUACAACAAGGCAACGCAGUACAGAGGCUGACUGAAGCCUUGAAGGAGAAAGAAGCUGCAGCCACACAACUAUCCGUGCUGAUCCAACAACUACAAGUGCUCACACUCAACCUGACAGCCACAAGGGGGCGGACAUGAGUGACAAUGUGUGUGAGGGAAAGGAUUAGAAAAGGACACCCUCUGCAUUUUAGACAUGCAAACACAUUCAGAUAUUUUAUAGAUUUGUUUAAUCGAGAGCUUCUUUUGCAAUAAAAAUAAACAUAAAAUAGAUUUUUUUUAAAUCAGUCAGGUCCACUUUUCUCCCUUUAACAGGUAUGUCAUUUUGUUAAUAGCACAUACAAUAACAUCCUCAAACUGUGGUAAAAAUAUUGAAACUCAUACAGAGGGCCAAUACAUUGAUAUAUAUUUUUGUUAUUCAAUAUAUUCAGACAUAAA